AUGGAUUAUCUUGAAAAUACAAUAUACGACGAUCAAAAUACCGAACAAACAAAUGCUGAUAGUAGUAGUAGUAGUGAUAGUGAUAACGAGGAAGAAGAUGAUAUUCCAGUAUUUCCUACAUCAUCUUCUGUUCUUAUUCAACAUGGUACAAAAUCGCUUAGUUGUUUAACAACAGAUUUAAAUGGUACCCGAAUGAUUACUGGUGGUUAUGAUGGUGAUAUGGAAAUGUUUGAUUUUGGAUCGAUGGAUUCUUCGUUUAAACCAUUUCGAACAAUACAACCUUGUCAGGGAAAAGUUUUAAAAUCAAUUGAAUACAGUUCAAAUGCUGAUAUGAUAUUGAUUGUGAGUGGUGAUUGUCAAGCUAAAGUGGUCAAUCGAGAAGCAUCUGGUAAACAGAUAAUCUACAAAUGUCCUCUUGGUGACGGUUAUGUAGUAGACAUGAACCGUACAAAGGGACAUAAAUCUAUGUUAAAUUAUGGAUGUUGGUCGCCGACAGAUAAAAAUGAAUUUAUGACAUGUUCAGAUGAUUGUACAAUCCGUCUAUGGUCAUUAAAUAAUCGUGAACAACAAAUAUCUUGUAUUCGAACAAAAUCCGAGCAAGGACAUGAUGUACGUACAACAACGUGUACCUAUCAUUCUAUUCAUCAAAAUGGUGUGAAUACCUCUCUGGUAGCUGGUGGUUGUUUAGAUGGUAGUAUUCAAAUAUGGGAUAGACGUAAACCGUUUGUUCAUACAACGUUUCUGUGUCGUCAUGCACAUCAAAAUGAUGAAAUCAUCUCAUCAUUGAAAUGGUCUUAUGAUGGUCUUCAUUUGGCAUCACGUUCAACCGACCACACGCUGAAAUUAUGGGAUAUUCGAAUGUUUGAAAAAGGAUGUUUAUCUUCAUGUGAAAAUAUACAUAAUCGAUUUGCAAUGACAAAUGUUUGUUUCUCACCAAAUGAUAGAUAUUUAAUUACAGGUAUGUCAAAGAAGACAAAUGUUGAUCUGGGUGACGAAACAGAUGAAAAUAUUGGAAAAUUGUUGAUAUUCGAUCGUCUAGAUUUACAUAAACCUGUUGAACAAAUAUCAAUGAUGAAUGAUUCAAGUGUUAUUCGAACGUUCUGGCAUCCAAAACUAAAUCAAAUAUUUUGUACAACAAAUAAUGGCUGUAUUAAAAUCUUCUAUGAUACACAAAAGUCUAUGAAUGGUGUACUCUCAUGUCUGAAUAGACAACCGAAAAAACAAAAGCAAACAAAUGAUUUUUAUGCGAAUAUUGAUCUCGAUGCAGUUAAAAGUAACGCAAUAAGCAGCAUAACUAGUAGACAUCGAAAACAACGACAAGAUCCAGUACAAUCAAAACGACCUGAAGUACCCACAGAUAGUACGGGACAUGACGGACGAUUAGGUGAACAUGGGUCAACGUUGCAUCAGCACAUUGUCAAAAAUAUUGAAUUACGAAAAGUAUACGACGACAAAGAAGAUCCAAGAGAAGAAAUUUUGAAGUAUGCUCAAAUUGCAGAAGAACAACCGUUUUAUGUAACACCAGCGUAUAAAGAAACACAACCAAAUACUAUUUUUCAAGCAGACGUCGACGAAGAUGAAGAAGAAGAAUUAGUACAACCAUGGAAAAAACAAAAAAAUUGA